CGCGCACACUUGCCCUUUCGUCAUCGGUCGUCGUCGUCCGCCUCACUGUGCCCACAAGCGUCGGGUGUGCAUGUUGUGUGAGUGUGUAGAGCGUUACAGCCAGUUGGCAGCAGCAAGUAGCGAGUGAAAGAAAACUACGGGAAGCGAGCGGAAGCAAACGUGUUGGUCACAGAAACAAAAAAUUAUUAUAAAGCCUUGCUCCCCACCACCCUCCUCUGUACAUGUGUUUUUCACCGUUUGUAGUGUUUGCGAUUUUUAUCGAUGUUCGUCGCGUCCCCCGUGUGUCGGUGAAUCGCGCGCGCGUGUUCUGUGAAAACGGCUGAGAGAGCGCGGCGACAGAGCCCCCUCCUUCACAUCCGACGUCCAUCAAACGGCUCCGGUGGUCUCUCUCCGUGUGCGGGUGUGUGUGUGUGUGUGUGUUGAAGGAAGUGUUACAAAUGUUUGCUUAAGUGUGCCGCCGCGCCGCAAGUGUAUUCAGUUCAGCUGCCUCGAGUGUACAGUUUUUUUUUCCGGCAAUAGCAGUAGCAGUGGUGGUUCUUUUGUUUUAUUUUUGUUUCGUUGUAAAUUGCUGCUCUUCUCUAUUUCGUAAGUGAUCUAUUCCGCGCAUCGCACUGUCGCGCUUACCUACUGGUUGGGGUGGCGUACGUUCGUGUGUCUGUGUGUGCAAAUGCUUUAGCGAGAUAAGGUUAGAAAUUGAAGGAGAGAGAUAGAGUGAGAGCGAGCGAGCGAGUGAGAAAGCAAUAGAGAGGCCCAACGUGUGUGUGUUAUCAGGCGGCUUCUGCUCCAUCGGCGACGCACGGCGCUGGUGGUGGUUUACACGUUUCCACGAAUCCACGACGCACGCACGAUUGUGCAGCGCCCGAACGCAACACCGAAACAGUGCGCGCGUGCGUUCGUGCGCUUGUGUGUGUGUGCGCGCAUCCAAACCGCUGCUAUUGUUAUUGUAGUUGCUCUUGCGCCCAGUCGUGCUUCAUUAGAGCGGGACCGUUUUGGCGUGCCGGUAAUUAAAGCGAAUCAGACGGAAAGCUCUCAGAACCGAACGGUUGUUUGAAUCGAUCGCCGCAGCGACACGCUCACUCACCACCACCGCCUGCUUGGUGUGGCGUUGGUGUUGUCCGCUCCGCAACAACCCCCCCAUUUUGCGGUGAGUGCUUGGUCGUGCUUUUUUGGCGGGGCGCGUGUGCAAUAAGUAAGGGAAGGAAGCGUUCAUAAAAAGAGCAAGAGGAAGCAAAAACAAACCCCAACGGCCGGCAAGAUGUCACUGUGGGCCCGGGUGAACCAGCUGCCGCAGCCGAUCCUGGAGCAGAUACGCUUCAUCUACGGCAGCAACUUUCCGAUCGAGGUGCGGCACUACCUGGCAGACUGGAUCGAGGAACGAUUGCUCAACGCGCCGGUGUACACGAACGACCAGGAGGCGGUGUACGAGCAGGAUGCGGCCAACUUUCUCAACCAGCUCAUCAUGGAGCUGGAGCGGACGGCGAUCAACCUGCCGGAGAGCAACUUCACGAUCAAGAUACGGCUGAACGAGUCGGCCCGGAACUUCCGCCAGCUGUUCUCGCACAAUCCGGCCCAGCUGUACCAGCACCUGAUGAACUGUCUGCACCGGGAGCGCCAGUGCGUCGCCUACCCGGACGAGUGCGUGAACGUGCAGGACCCGGAGGUGACGGAGGUGUUCAACGCGGUCCAGCAGCUGCAGAUCAUGGUGCGCACGAACGAGAACGACAACCGGAACCUGAUGAAGGAGUACGAGCAUCUGCUGCUGGAGGUGCACGAGCUGCAGAAAAACCGGGCCCAGCUGGAGACGAUCGAGAACGCGGAGAUGCGGGCGCACGCGCACAACCAGCUCGCCCAGCACCAGAAGAUGGUGAACGAUCGGCUGCAGCUGUGCACCGGGAAGCGGCUCGCGCUGGUCGACGGCUUCCGCAAGACGAUCCUCAUCACGGACGAGGUGCAGAACAAGGUGCUGAACAAGUAUCUGUCGCAGUGGAAGAUUAACCAGGGCUUUGCCGGCAACGGGGCGUCGAUGAUGAGCGCCAGCAACCUCGACACGAUACAGGCGUGGUGCGAAAGCCUGGCCGAGAUCAUCUGGAGCACCAAGGAUCAGAUCCGGCUGGCGAUCAAGAACAAGUCGAAGCUGCACGUCGAGCAGGAGGACGUGCCGGACCUGCUGCCGCAGGCGAUGGUCGACGUGACCAACCUGCUGAAGAUGCUCAUUACCAACACGUUCAUCAUCGAGAAGCAGCCGCCGCAGGUGAUGAAGACGAACACGCGGUUCGCCGCGACGGUCCGCCUGCUCGUCGGCAACACGCUCAACAUCAAGAUGGUCAACCCGCAGGUGAAGGUGUCCAUCAUUUCCGAGGCACAGGCACAGCAGACGCAACAGACCAACAAAGCUUCCGAGCAGUCGUGUGGCGAAAUCAUGAACAACAUCGGCAAUCUGGAGUACAACGAAACGACCAAGCAGCUGUCGGUGAGCUUCAGAAACAUGCAGUUGAAGAAGAUCAAGCGCGCAGAGAAGAAGGGCACCGAGUGUGUGAUGGAUGAAAAGUUUGCGCUCCUGUUUCAGUCCAGCUUUGCCGUUGGCCAUGGCGAUCUCGUCUUUUCGGUAUGGACCAUCUCCCUGCCCGUGGUCGUGAUCGUGCACGGCAACCAGGAGCCACAGUCGUGGGCCACCAUCACCUGGGACAAUGCGUUCGCGGACAUCAACCGGAUUCCGUUCCAGGUGCCGGACAAGGUGAUCUGGAACCAGCUGGCCGAGGCGCUCAACAUGAAGUUCCGCGCGUCGACCGGACGGUCGCUCACGGCCGAGAAUAUGCACUUCCUGUGCGAGAAGGCGUUCAAAACGAACCUGCCGUUCCCGGUGCCGAACGAUCUGACCAUCAUGUGGUCGCAGUUCUGCAAGGAGCCGAUCCCGGACCGCUCGUUCACCUUCUGGGACUGGUUCUACGCGGCGAUGAAGGUGACGCGCGAGCAUCUGCGCGGCCCGUGGAUGGACGGCAGCAUUAUCGGCUUCAUACACAAGUCCAAGGCCGAGGACUAUCUGCUCAAGUGCCCGCGCGGUACCUUUCUGUUGCGCUUCUCCGACAGCGAGCUCGGUGGCAUUACCAUCGCCUGGGUGAACGAGGGCAACGAUGGGCAGCCCCAGAUACUGCACAUUCAGCCGUUCACGGCCAAAGACUUCUCCACCCGGUCGCUGUCCGACCGCAUCCGCGACUUUGACGAUCUCUUCUACCUGUACCCGAACAAGCCGAAGCACGAAGCGUUCGACCGGUACACGACGCCGGCCGGGCCGCCGCGCAACAAAAACUACAUCGCGUCCGAGGUGCGGGCGGUACUGAUGCCCGGCCCGACCAACAACCAGAUGAACAGCUUCCCGAACACCCCGUCCUACAACAUCCAGUCGCCGGAUGCGUCCCGCGAUACGCCCUCGACCGGAUACUCGGUGAGUGGACGAGCGAGCAACGCCUCGGCGUCCUGCGGCCUGCAGCACCGGUACGUGUCGAGCUUCGAGCCGUACGUGCAGUCGGACGGCUUCGCGCAGUCCGUGCUGGCGGCCGGGACCGGGACGACACUGUCCGGUUUGGUGCGGCCCCCGCCCGCCCUGAGCGUGCUGUCGACGAGCAGCAACUGUAGCAGCAGCACCACCACCACCGCCGGUGGCGGCCACUACCAGCAGCACCAAGGGCUGAUGGAGCAGCAGCAGCACCACCACCAUCUUCACAAUCAUAUUACGAACCAACACCACAGUCCAGCAACGGGCAGUCAGAACCAUGCGCAGCUGCCACAGCAGCAGUUUGACGACGCGACGAUGUCGCUCAGUGACGAUGGCACUACCGAGCUACGGUCGCUACCGUCCAUGCCGGGCGCCUUCUCCUUUACCGGCCGACCCUUCGCAGACAGCGGGAACGGCAGCGAGCGACCGAAUCUGCCAGUAGAGCACCAGCCGAACGGACCGAACGUCCAGCUGCCUCAACUGUCCGCCGGUCAUACAAACAGUACGGUGGCGGCAGCGGUGCCGGCGGCCAUCACCACCUCCAUCAGCAGCAGUAGUAGCCGAAGAGUGGACAGUGGCGGUGACGGUAUCUCCUGUGCAUCCUCCCGCACGACCUCGCUCUCGUCCGCCUCGACCGCGAUGGAGCAGCAGCUGUCCGGUUUGGAGGAUAUCAGCAGCUGGCUCGAUUUGAACAACAACACCAGCUGGUCAUGAGCGGGAACGAAUCGGGGGGGAAUGUAUGGUGGGUCGGUAUUCGUAGGGGGUGGAUGAGAUCGUAAGGAGGCUGUGUGUGGUACGGGCGGGACGAAAGAAUGAUAGCCGCGUCCUCUGUGCGCUUUGUGAUUUGCAAGUUUGCCCCUUAAUUCUUUCUCUCCCUCUGUCCCUCUUUCGGUCACACGCACACGUUUACCCUCUCCCCAACCCCCCCCCCCCAUUCGUUCGCCUACCUCCUUCUCUGUAUCUCGGUAUUUCUCUCUAUCGAACCGUUUCGGCUGCGGAGUGCGGGAAGAAGCUCCCGCGAGUGCGAGAGAGAAAGCGAGGUGUGUUAGGUUAGGUCCCCGGACUUAGGAAGCCUCGUCCUUUGCUUUUGGUCGCUUGGAAGGCGCGGACACCCUGUUGCACGUUAACCCUGCUUACUCGAGUUAAGUUUGUUUCGAAAUAAAUUCCACGUCGGUUUUGCCCCCGAGCGCCACCGGUUUCUUUUGUUUUGCCCCCCCCCCCCCCCCACCGUGCCGAACAUAGCCUAAUGGGUGACGUCAUGAUGAGCGUGCGCUGGGAUUUGUGGAGAGCACACUGCGGGAUGGAACGAGGAGCGGAAGAACUGAAGCAACGCACACAUACACACAGACACAGGGAGGGGACAGUGCCGUUGCUGUAGAUUGAUUGUCCGAUUGAUUGGUUAGGGCGACAACCUUCGCCGGAGCUCUGGAGGAGCUCGCAAAGCCCCUCUGGAGCAGUUUUCAGAAGAAUUGGCGGAUGCAAUUUCCUUAUUGUUGUAUCGUUGAUGUGUUUCACCUACGUGUUGUAAACCCCGCCCUUGCAACGCCCAUCGGGUUCACAAAUGUUACUAACGUAGUCUAAUGAAUAAUGGGUCGCCGGAGGAAAACUGUGUGCCGGAGGUGUCAGUGAUAGAACUAGGUCCCCUCAGCCGACUGCGCUUGUACAUGGAAACCCCGAGAACUUCGGCAAAGAUAUAGAGAUGAUCGGUACCAGUAUAUGUGUAUUGAGCAUAAGCCACACAUCGCAAAGUAGUAAGCGGCAGCAGCUCUGUGCCUGUCGUCCCAACUGUCAAUGCUCUUUCGAGGUACGCUCCAGGUGUUUUUUUUAGCAAACAAGCAAGAUACAAAGACAUAGCCUAACCAUCACUUGCUCCACUCCUUGCCCCCGGGGGGAACUACUCUGUGUUAGCGUUAUAGGGAAACUCGUGCUGUAACGCGUUACAGCGUUACAGCGUUAGCAGAAGAUAGUGCUAGUAUUGCGUUGCUGUUGAUGGAUGUUGUUGUUGUUGUUGUUCUUUUUUCUCGCUCUCUUCGUUACUCUUAGUCUAUAGGCAAACCGAUUUUAUGAUAGUCCCACCGCCCCACCCGCCCGCCCCACGUGUGCGGGCGUAGGCGCGGACGCUCAGAAGAGUAUUCUAGUCAUACACACAAUCCACACUGACAUAUGCACAAAGCAAACAUUUCAACCGAACAAGGGGGGGGAAACGUUUGUCCAACGCUGGUUUUGAAGGGAAAUAACAAACAAACAAAUGUUAUCAUGUAAGAUACCACUACUACUACUACGUACUACUACCAUUAGCUAGUCGGUAAUGCACCACCUACAGGUUCACACAUACUACUACUCUCUGUAAAUUGUAACUGCAAGGGGGGGGGGGGCGAGUCUGUGCAACCGCUCUUCCCAAGGGACUUGGUAGCACAUAACAACACACACUCACACACAAAAACACUGUAUGUUUUAAAUGUAUCAAAGGUCUGUUGCGCCUAUACUGUCGGUUGGGCUGUAAAACAAGACAGGUAGCAACACAAAAUGGGAAGAUAAAACAAAAUAGAAGAAGGGGAAGAAGAAGGCGUCCAUACCUUACUCUAAACCAUACGCCUUACCCCACCCCAUCACAACACACCCCCGACGGCGUCUCCCCAAACUGUGUUAGCCGUAUAUAAUAUGUGUUCCGCAUCCGGCGGGAAUUAGAGGAGGCAUAUGAUAGGAAGAAGAUGAUGAUGAUGAAGAAGAAGAAAAAAAAGAACAAAAACCUAAUUGUGAUGUUUAUAUCAAACACAGAUGUGAGAGCUUUCGUCCUUCAACGUACCUUAUUGUGGCAGAAGUUUGCACAUGACUGUUAUUCGAAUUUAACCAUAAGUGUCCCAUCACACGUGCGCGCCAGUACACGCCACUACACUGCACUCUGACAAAGCAGAAGCAACAAAAAAAAACCCCAUUCAUCAUAAACACACACACACACAAAUACGGUAUGAAGUGUACCUUUUAAAACAAAACAAAACUAUAGUAAAUGAUUCAUGUGUUGGUUAGUUUGUGCGCACACGUUUGAACAGAAAUGUUCAAAAAAACCUGCAAGCAAAGCGAGCACACUAGGUGCAAUAGUUUUAAGAGACAGAGAGAAAGAGAGAGAGAUAGUGUAGAGCUAAUAUGGAUCCUGGAUCCUUGAUUUCGUGUUUUUGAGGUAUCAAUUAAGCGGCCCUCGAGUAGAUAAUGCAAAUAUACACAAACACAAGAAUGUGUGGGGAGAGAAUUUUAAAGUAGCCGAUAACACACACACGCACAAAACGAACGUUUUAGUAGUAGCACACGCUAGCUUCCUUUGCUGCCGGUGAACGUAUGUGAACGUCGGUGUAGUGUAACCAUGGCGGGGAGAGAAGUAUUUGUCUAUCGUUGUAGAAUGUAAACAAAAAAAAAAAUAACACACGCUCAUACACGUACAACUUUUCUCACUAACACAGCCGCUCGUACUAACACACACACACCUACACAAUCAACGCGUAAGCACAGUUUGUAAGUAUUCAGUUGCUACCUUUCCCUUUAGUUUAGGCUCUGAUGCGCCAGGAGCGGGUUCGUCUCCUGCGUUGUUGGGGCGCCGUCAAUCCCCGUUACGUUUUCAUGUCCUUGUUUUGAUCUAGUCUCUCUACUUCUACCCUUUGCUCGGGUCACUUACAUUACCAUCUUCUUUCGUUUCUGCACGCUCUUGCUCUCUUUAACACCCAUCCCAUCCACACGCACCCACCACUACAUUGCCUGAUGGAGAUAUUAUGUUUUAAUGUGAUUUUUGUUGUAUCUUUACUCCUUUUUUCUCUCUUAUGUGUGUCUUUUAUGACAAAACAACAACCAAAACUCGCACCGACCGAUUUGUGGCCGUUCUCCCCAAUCUCCCCCCAAACCAACACACUUCAACACUCGAACAACACGACAACUACAAACACAACACGACAAUAUGGUGUGCGGAUUCGUUGUAUGACACACAUGCCAACCAAAAUGGGGUUAUAAACCACGUAAACCCCACACCCCUGCAGCUACGGUCAGACAAACUACGGUCAGGUGCCCGAUUUCGAGCUCGAGAACAUUGGCAUGUUUUCAUCGCAGUACCACUAAAGCCAGCGCUGGCUAACCGACGCACAGCGCCGCCAUCGGGUGUCUUGGGCCAACUCGUAGCACCAGUUGAGAUAUAGUAAACGCGCCACACGUACCCCACCCCCCCACGGGUGUGUGUUGAUGCUCGAGACCGCUAGACCACUCUGGACCCUGAAUCUCUGGACCAUCCGGCUACUACUUCGGCUAAAGCAAGUUUGACGACACGGUGGACACGGGAAUGUAGGUGUCUCUGGGUGGGGGUGCACAGCGGGAUGCAAAGAAAAGGAGUGUAGUAAAGCCCCCGGUGUGUAGGCGACGAACCCGCGCGGUACAUGCUAUGGCAACACACGGCGAAGCUUGAUUGUACAUUUAAGCCAACACACCUGUAGCUUAAGGAGCAGCGUGUUACGAUUUACACUAUAUGUAGUAGUGCUAUGUCUGUUAGGAUAGAAGGGGUGGGAAUCUUUGGUCCAUAAAACAAACACACGCACACACACACACACACACAGCUUGCAGCCAAACACACACACGCCAGCUCUAUGCUUUCCGGCUUCAUCUCGGUAAGCACCGUGGAACGAUGGAUGCGCGCGCGUACGUUAAUCGUGUCUCGCCUGUUCUGCUCGAAACCGACGAUACGAACUUCUUACAUCGAAUCAGCCUUUUUAUGUGCGUUCUUGCUACCCAAGGAGUGGUGCAAUGUUUAAAGUAAUCCCGUGCAAGCAGCUCCCAGUCGUGCAGGCGCAUUUCAAAACCUUUCUUGUCAGGAGCAGUCACAGCCCCACAGUCAGUAUUAGCUUUGUGCAAUGUUUUUCCUGCUAAAAUUGAUUUGUUCCGUUUUACUGUGCGUCUUCUUUUAAUAUUCAGUGCGUCCAUUGCCAUAGCUGUUUUGAAUUUUUGUAACAUUUCUUUCUUUUUAAAACCAAAAGUAAUUGCUAAACGUAAUCUUGUUUUGUGUGUGCCCACGAAACACAUUUCACUGUGAAAAAAUACGACAAGCUUCGAUAAAAAAGUGACAGCGUUUCUAUCGAAAUUUCCUCAAUCCAACAUUCACAUGUGCCUCGAGCACAAAAAAAGGGUUUUUUUUUACUCUAAAUCUCUGCAAACAGCUGAAAUUGAAAACUCAAAAAGCUUAUUAUACUGUGCCAUACAAAAUGCUUUCGGAUGCCUUUUUUUGUUUGGGUUUGAGACAAUCCAUCCAAUCCUGUUCUACAACAUGUCGAGCUCUUCUCAGCUCCAGCACGGUGGCCGGGCAGAGAGAGAGAGAGAGGAACACGAUCGACAGACGUUUGCGGAAUCUUUUCCAAAGCGGUGACACUUCCGGCGAGACGAAGGCUACGAAUUUUAAUGCUAAACAAUGUACGUCUCUUGUAUUUUGCGCGUGUUUGUGUAUGUAUGUGUGUGCGUGCUUGUGCGCAAUUAUACGUAUAGUAUAGUAUAGAGUGUAGCUAAGGAGAGAGUUCAAGGGAGUCAACAAUGUCUAGCCGUUACGAAACGAACUUCCCGUUUAUAAUACUAGUAAUACCACUGCUAAGGUUAUGCGCUCCUGCUACGUACUAGAUGAUGUUUACGCGUAUGUUUAUUAUGUAUUUGUGGGUGUCCGUGUAUGUUUCAUGUGUUCCCCGAUGCAACCUUGCGCAUAUACAGUACGCCUAAUGCUAUGCAAUUAUAAAGUGCAAAACAAUGUGGGGGCGGGAGGGCAGUUCCAGACGUCAGAGCCCUGCGACAUACUGGGUGUGUGUACAUAAAUGCUUCAACGAGAAACAAGAAAAGUUAAAUACAAUAAAACCUAGCAAACAUGAAAAAAACAGGUUAAACGAAAUCAAGCCAAUAUUAAGAUGCAUUCAGUAUAUGAUUGUCCUGCACGGAGGUGUGCUGCAAGUAGAUUAAAGUUAAAAAAAAAAACACUAUUCAACACACUAACAACACAGGAAUCGUAGGAAUGUACAGUAGAGGAGGGAUCGGGCGUUUGUGCAAGGUCGAGCGACCCGCUUCAAUAAUCGACUGAAGGAGAUGCUCACAGAAAUGAUCGGUUUCAUCCAAAUUUUAAACAAAAAAACAAACAAACAAACACAAAACUAGAGCCAACGAAAUGUAGAACGUCAACCGUUAUUGAUAGAUGAAGCAAAGGGAGGGUAGGGAAAAAACGUAUGUGGCAAACUUGGGGAUAGGAUGAUUGUGCUUUGAUUCUUAUUUACACUUGUCUAUUUACCUUCCGGCGCGCCCCGUAUUCGGAAUAUCGGUACCGCCGGAUACACCCGAAACCAACACACAUACACAUACAUACAGGGGGAAGCUUACAGGGUUUUCCCCAGGGGUUCUCAUAGCUGUGGGACUCUUUAUGAACUCUUUCUUACGUGAAAUGAACUUAAAGCAAUAGCAAUUGGAAUUGGAGCACCCUUGUUGGACAAAUCCAAUAGGAAUUUCCAAGGCGUCUGUCCAAAAAGCGGGCCAUAGAGAUCAAUUUCCAGCUUACGAAGCUCGCUUCCAAUAGGAAAGUGUCAAAGAAGUGUCCCACUCCUAUGAGAACCCCUGGAAAACCCUGUAAUGAGAAAAGCUAAACAGAUUUGAAAUUUAUAUUAAAAAAUAAAAUUAUUCGAAACAGGCUAUAGGUAGAGAAGGCAAGAGCGAAAAAAGGAAUGGAAUUGAGUACACAUGUUUCCGUUCAUACAAACUAACCUUGUUGUCAAAACUAGAAUACUAUGAUGUGUGUGUGUGGGUGUAAGUAGGUGGAGUGAAGCAAAGGCAUUUAAAAACCCGAAUCCGAACAAACCCCUAGCAUGCGCUGCAAUGGGGAGAGGGGGAUGAACGAACGCCUGGCAUGCAACUGCAAUGGUCCAAUCGAAAUGUGCAAAUUAUAUACCGACAUAGUCCAUCCGGCGCCGUUGUGCGUUUAACGUCACUGUGCACGGAAGUGCUAGGGCAUAGUUAGUAGUUGCUACUUUACUGCGUAGUGUUUUUUUCGCGGCGCUCGGGCCAACAGGGGGGGAAAGGCAAAUUAUCGUUCUUUAAGUAGAGACGGUGAGAGAAAAGGAGGAGUAAUAGUAAUACAAAAAGAUAUACACACACACACGCAUACGCAGAGAAAAAACAACGAAUAUUAAGAUAGAAAGAGAGAAAAUAGAAAUAGUAAUAGCAAAGAAGUAGCAUAAGAAUGAUAAGAAGAAAAACACACACACACACACACACAAACCAUACAUACACAUAGCGUUAACGAUUUGGAGAGAUUCCCCUGCUGCGUGUAUUUGUGUGUGUGUGCCCGUUCAUGCAGCAGCAUGUUUCGGGUUGCUUUAUACAUGUGUGAGUGUGUGUACCUCUAGCCCCCCGCUUCCCCGUGCGGAGGUCCUUUGUGCAAUGGUGUUUCCCCCCUACUGGUUAAGUGAACAAUCUUCUGAAGAUGCACAUGCACACGUACAUGCAUACACACGCAAACGCAAUGGUGUUUAAUGGCUCGCGGCAAACAAAAAAGGCACGGAAGGGGGGGGGGUGGAAGAGAUAUCGUGUACUGAUCUCUCCGUUUAGCGAGCUAAACACUGUUAGAUGUAGUUAUGGCAGGCAACAACAACAACAAAAAGAAAAAAUAAACAGCUAAGAAUUCUAUAAAAAAGAAAGGGAUGGAGCAAAAGUAAAAUUUUCCAUAGCCCUCUCUCUCUCUCUUUCUUUCUUACAAAAAUUAUAACAAAAUGGCGUGUGUGCGUGUGGGUGCAUAUGAAAUGCAAAAAAUGAAAAAAUGCGUUGUAUCGUCCAAAGAAUUGACAGGCUAUCGGAAGAGCGAGCGAGAGAGAAAGCGAGAGAGAAAGAGUGUAAGCAACGAACCCCCAAACAGCUGUUUCACGGCUUAAAAAAACGCUAGACUAUACUACCCCUUAAGAAUGGACGAUGAUAAAUCCUAGUCCCCCCCCCCCCCUCCUCUCACAGAUUACGCAGACGCCACAAAGGCAAAACAAAACAAAAAACGGCCCUACAAAACAAGCACAACGCAAACCUUGAACGCGAGCCUACAAGUAAGCAUGCCAGAUAUAUGAGAAAUGCCAUAACGUUCGCUGCUAACCCAGUAAACCACACGCAUACGCAUGCAUUGAUUUAUAUAGCACAUUCAAACACUUUAAUAGAAACGAAAUAAGUUUAUUAUGCGCGCACUAGUCAAUGCCGCCAGAGGAAUAGAAGAGGACCAUGAGACAGCACGCCCCGGCCAUGCCAGCAGCCGUUCGAUGGGGUUUGUUUGUAGUUUGCAGCAACGAAUACAGAACUACUUCAGUUAGUGUGUGGUUAGUAGGGGUUAGUCAGUAAACAAACGAAGCAAAACACAAAUGUACGGAAACAAUUUAUGCGAACGAGCUUUUUUGCUAUUUAUACACACACACACACGUACACACCGGUAUGAUGUUGUGUGGGGCGGCGGGGGACCCUUUUGCGGGGCUUGUUCAGAUUGCCUACUGCUUAGUUAGUGUUUCCUUUUAUAUUGCCUAUUACGAAGCCACUGUUAAGGUGCAUUAUUCAACGUUAGAUUGAGCAGAGUUUUAUAGCAAAUGUUGUUGCUGUUUUAGUUAGGGUUUUUUGCACGAAAGCACGAACGGUUUUUGGUUUCAAACUAAAAGCUAAAGGGGGCUUUAUGGUUAGUAAAACGGGCGGGGCUGCGUGUACGGGCAGGAAUUACAGGGUGUUUUGCAUAUGUGUUAGGUAAAAUGUUAUACUUCAUAACCGGUACGAUCAACUGCGCUUCAUCAAUGUGAGGAGAGGAAGAGGAGGGCGCUCAAACAAACAAGAUUGUCAUAGCACAAAUAAUGUAAUCUUCACAACGCUUAGCCCCUUCUUCGCGCACCAACCAGAAGAUACACACUGCUCUGCAUUGCAGGAGAGACAGACAGGAUGAACUGGCGGAGCGAGCAAGACAAACAACAUUGGUGGCUCCACAUCGUUGAUCUCUGUCCUAAGCAAACUACAAAAAACGACAAUAGAAGGCUAAGUGUGGACCGGUUUGGCAUGCAAUUGUCACUAGUUACUUCAGAUCGGUUUCUUUGGCAGUACUAAGAGAUAGCAAAAAAAAAAAAAACAAAAGAUGUAUUUCAUUUUCUAUAUUUUCCUAGUUCGGAGCAAAAUGCUUUUAAAAUUUUAAAACUAAGCAACUACCCUACCAUACCGAUCCCCGCGAUAUCACCAUCUCGCCUGGUCUAAAGUGUGCACGUGCACACUCAAUGGGGAAGGGAGGCAGGUGGAAUGUUGAGAAUUGAUUCUAAGCAGCAAAAAGAUUAACCUAAUACAGUCUGUUCCCGAGGCAUCCGCGUUCCUCCUUUGAUUAAAUUUAGUGCUUUUAUAUACUUUAUUAUUUUAACACGAUUCGUGCGGAAAGCAAGAGGUUUUGUGACUUUAAAGCAGCUUGAUUUUUUUUAGCAAAAAUGUAUUAUGUAAUUGUAUACUGAUUUUUGUGACACAUGAUCUGUCAAAAUUUAUAAAGCCACGUAACUCGGGAAUAGACUGUACUAAACAAUGAAUGGGUAUACGAUGCAACAGCGAUUUAGAACGAUGUGAGGGAGGAAAAUGCAGCAAAACGUAUGAUCGUGUAUAUGUGUGUGUGGGUGUGCGUGUGUGUGUGUGUGUGUGCGCGUGUGUGUGUGUGUGCGCGUGUGUGUGUGUGGUCUCUCGUGUACUUUGGAAUUGUUGCUACAAAACAAACAAACAAAACCAACAAUUGUGUAUCUGUUUAAAAAAUAAAUUCUGUGUAAAAAGGUA